AAGCAGCACUCGCACGCACCACUCUACCCCGCACCACCAUGCUCCGCCAACCAGCGACCACCGCCCUCCGCGCCGCUGCGCGCGCGACUGCUCGCCCUGCGGCCCUCGCGCCGGGCCGCUUUGGAUCCCACGGACCCAGCUACAACGAGCCCUCGGGAUACGUCUACGGCGAGGUUCCCCCUACCGUCGGCAAGCGCCAGCGCGAGGGAUGGGAGCUCAUCACGUACCUUGGAUUGGGCGGCGCGCUCGUCUUCGCCGGCGUCGUGAUUGCCUACAAGCCUGACACGAGCAUCCAGACAUGGGCACUGGCAGAGGCCAAGCGCCGCAUGGACGAGCGCGGCGAGAAGUACCAAUACGUCCCUUCGGCCGGCUACGCUGCCGACGCGGUCGCCGCGACCGAGAAGACGCUCAAGUAGGCCCGGGAUAGAACAGAUCAAUGCAUGGGAUCGUAGAGGG